AUGUCUCGAUUAAAAUACAGGAGCUUUAUGCUCCUCUUCAUAGUGAUAUGGGUGAAUGCGAUUGUUUCGGUCCCUAUACCUUUACCGGUGAACAGUGCUUACAAUCAGACAAGUCAGACCAAGGAAGUCAAAACGCGUCCAAAGUUUGUCGAGAUCAAAUUACCGAUCAAGCUUGCGUCAAUGGACGAAUUGUUUGCAUGGGUGAAGAAUACCAUGCACAAUAUGGCAUCGAAGAUCGAUAUAAAACUUGGUGGUGAUAGAUCGGAGAAUGGAGAUGGCAAUAAGAGUGCAAAGAAUGCGGAAAAUGUCGAGAUAAAAGAACAGUCUGCAGCUUCUCGGAAUGCAGUUGUUGGAUACGAAGAUAUGGACUCUUGGUCGGAGACUGGCAAUGAAAUGUUUGCGCCCCUGCUCAAUGCCGAGGCUUUUCUCCCGUUGUUUUUCGGUAAUAAUGCCAAUAAAUUACGGGGAAAUGAAUAUUCCAGAUAUGCUUACAAUGCAAUUGGCGAUUCAGAAGUAUCAAAAAACAAAAAAAUGAUCAAGCUGAAUUCUGGAGGUACCAUCGCCCAGAGUAUCUUGUCUUCCAGUGAGCAAAAUAACUCGGAUGCUGUAGAGUUGCCAACCGAACGCCCUCCAUCGUCCAUGCUUCUCAAUGGGAGUAAAAUUUCUCUACCUAGUCCAGUGCCAUUUUCUAUCCCUUUUGAAGCAUACAUCACUAUCACGAGAGAACCACAUGAAUUCGUAUCAAAAAUCCAGGCGAAUACUACUGCAACGGGCUCAAAUAAUUCACCAAAUAUAUCUCCGCUAGUGUUUUCUUCUCCAGUACAUGUGCCGCGACAGAUUACCAGUGAUUGCAAUCAUUCACGAGACCUCGUGAUCAGAGAUCAUUUUCAGAGCAAUCAAUCUGGCAAUUUCAAGGAAAGGCCUUGUAAAGAGAAGUCUCAUGAUCCUGAGGAGAAGAAGGAGAGAUUGGAGGCUCCUAAGCGGAAAAAUAAUAGCAGAACCAGGGAUAACUCACGCAAGCGCCAACUAUCUACCCUGGGCGACAUCCUAAAAUCCCUGGGUCUCAUUAGAAAGCCAAAUAAAGGCUCUAAAUUGCAAGAAUCUGCGACAACAUCUUCAGCAAUCAGAAAGAACAAAAGACCACCCGAUGAUCCCACCCGACCUACUUUCCUCUUCGAUGAUCGACCUACUAGAAAUGAGAGCUCUCAGAGGCAGGAGUUUGAUGACAGUGAUGAGGAGGAAAAGGGAGGAUCACUUGGAUCAGUAGCAGAUCUUGUACCCCUAGCCCUGCCCAUUCUCGAAGGAUUGAGUGACCCCGAAUCAGAGGACGAUAUAAUCGAAGUCAUCGAGGCGGCAGUUCCUAUUCUUCAGGGUCUAUCAGAGGGAGAUGGUGAUGAUGAGGGUGGCGGUGUGAACGAUCUGAUUGGAAUGAUUGUUCCACUGAUAAUAAGAAUAAUUAAUGGAAGAGACGGUCAAGGCAUUGACCUUGCAGCGCUAUUCGGACCGAUAUUCAAUCUCCUGGCUCCAUUCAUCGGGCCAGUUUUGGCCCCCAUAAUAGGCCCAUUAAUCCGCACAAUUAGCAAUCCACCAACCGAUGGUUCAUCUCUCGGUGCAUUAAUCACAGCUAUUGCAGGGCCCCUUAGCGCGCCUCAGGAGCCCAGUGGGAUGUCACCACUAUCGAUUGUUAUUGCAGGUACUACGGCUGCAUUGUUGAGAGAAUUGAAACCAGGAACUCCUGGAGGAUCAGACGUAGGAGCAUUGGUUGGUUCGAUUUUGUCAGGGGUUUUAGCUGGAACGAGUGCAGGUCUCAGUGGGGGAUCAUCUGGGGCUUCUGGUGGCGGAGGAGCUGCUCGUUAUGGAACGCCAGUGACAUCAUCAACAAUAAAUGUAGGGUUCCCUGGCAGGCCAGCAGCAAAUCCGCUCCACAGUUCAUUCAGCAAUGGACCGAGCCAUGCUGAAAGUACUGUGCAUAUCGGAUCUACAGUGAGGCCGACUUAUCUAUAUCCCCAUCAUCAGACGAUAGUGGCGUCCGUGGCAACGCCGACGAGACUGCCAUCACCACGUCCUUCCAUCGUGCACCAUAAUUCGGGACCACUUGCAGCGGCCACAGCACAAGAUAGUUAUCUUCCUACGGGAGCUGCUGUCUCUGCAGCGUCAGUCAAUCCCCUCGCUCUCCUCGGCAAUUCCGUAAAGGACAUUCUUGGGGCGGGAAUCCAAGUAGUUUCGUCCCUUAUAAAUGCUGUAUUUGGGAUUCUGGGGGCUUCAUCGUCAGAAGAGCCAGCACCUACUUACGGCGCACCAUCAGGCUAUGGCCAUGCUUCCGGAUAACACGAGUCUCGGUGAAAAUCUCAUAAUGGAUCCACAAUGACCACUUUAUGGAGCCUGAAAAAUCAUAAUGAACAUCUUCUUUCUUAUGUUCUUAUCUGCGUGGAUAAAAUAAUUCGGCAAUUAUUAAAAAAUUUGACAAUUGAAUAAAGUCUAGUCUAUUAUA